UUCUACACAUUCAAAAUGGCUCAACCCCGCGUCGCACUGUGGGCCGAGGCUGACGAUAUCGAUGAAGACCUGCAGGACAUGUCGCUGGGGAACUACGGCCAGAACAUCCACUACGAUGACUCUCUCUUCCAGCAACCAAUCGAUGAAGCGACGCUUAUGGCGAUGCAGCAGCAUAUGGCUCAACAGGCUGCCUUUGCGCAGAUUCCAGACGUGGUCAAAGCCUUCAUUGUCCAUUUUCACCAAGCCGUCCUUGACAACAACCUGGCGGAAAUUACGAUAGCCUAUGAGAGUGGGUGGAACAAAUACACUGAGAAGUUUUAUGCGCGGUCAGAGUGGCCAGAGGCGGAAAUUAUCGCACCACUCGUCAAUGAUGACCCAAUAUUCUUGAUUCUGUACCGCGAACUUUACUAUCGGCACGUAUAUUCACGUCUCCAGCCCAACAUCGACGAUCGUUUCCAUUCGUACGAAAACUCGUGCGAGUUGUUCAACUACCUCCUCAAUUCGGAGGGUCCCGUUCAACUAGAACUACCAGAACAAUGGCUAUGGGACAUCAUCGACGAGUUUAUUUACCAGUUCCAAGUCUUCUGCACGUGGCGGUCAAAAGUGAAAUCCAAGUCAGACGACGAACUGUCUAUGUUAGCUGAUGGCGGACCCGUCUGGAGCUCCUACAGUGUGCUCAACGUGCUCUAUUCCCUGAUCCAAAAAUCCAAGAUCAACGAGUACAUUGCGGCCCAUCAGGCGGGCAAAACUCCUGAAGAAGUUGCCGAGAUUGUAGGCGAAUAUGGUGUCCGACCUCUGUACCGACAUCUAGGCUAUUUCAGCAUCAUUGGGCUCUUGCGUGUCCACGUCCUUCUUGGCGACUUCACCCUCGCUCUGAAAGUAAUGGAGAACGUCGAGCUCAACCAGAAGUCACCCUACACUCGGGUCACUGCGUGCACUGUGGCGACCUACUAUUACGUCGGCUUCUGCUAUAUAAUGCUCCGGCGGUACCCAGACGCUAUUCGGACAUUCAUUUCAAUAUUGAACUGGAUCAUGCGAAUGCGACAGUACCACACACGAAGUUACCAAUAUGACCAGAUUAGCAAGACGGCGGAUAGGAUGUACGCUUUGUUUGCCAUUUGCAACGCCCUAUCACCGAGCCGUCUCGACGACAAUAUUGCCAACAUUUCAAAAGAGCGCUAUGGUGACCAGUUUGCCAAGAUGGCUCGUGGAGGCGAAGAGGCUGUACCUGCUUUCAAAGAGUUGUUCCUCUACGCCUGCCCCAAAUUCAUCAACGCCAAUGCCCCGCCCUACGACGAUGCUAUCGCCAUUAACACCAUUCUCUCCCAACCCGAAGGCUCUGAUCUCAGCGACGCUAUCGACCCCGCUCAACGUCACUUGAGUCUGCUACUUUCUGAUGUUGUUGCGCAAACCCCCGUUCCCACUUUACGUAGCUUCUUGAAGCUGUACACAAGUCUCGGCGCAAAGAAGCUUGCCAACUUCCUGGACGCGGACGAGGAGGAGAUGGUACAACAGUUGAUGGUCAUGAAGCAAGCCAGCAGAAGCGUCACACAUGUCCCAGGCGGCAAAGGGUUAUUGGAUGGGCAAACCGCCUCGACGAGCGAUCUGAACUUUGUCAUCGAUGAGAACAUGGUCCAUAUUGCGGAAUCGACGGUUGGCAGACGAUAUGCUGGAUGGUUCAUUAAGAACACUGAACGAACACAAAAAUUAUAUGGUGAUCUCAAAGCGCAACCAUUACCGGCCGCCAAAGCGUCGGUGGGUAGCACCAAUCAUCCCGUAGAACUCGCAAAACCUGUCACGCGGCCCGUAGCACCGAAGGUUGCUUGGGGUGGAGUUGCUAUCAAAGCAUAA